AUGGCAUUGAAUGAACCGGUGCCACCAGACAUCAAUGACAAAUUGGACGUUGAUUCACCAUCAGACGAUGAAAAAGAAAUGCAGAAUGAUGUAAUGGUUCAAGGUAUGAAGCGAAUUGGAAGUGAAGGAUAUCUAUUACAAGUUUUUGAUCCAUCAAAAAUUGAUUUUUCGUCAAGACCUGAAGAUAAUAGUAAUGAUGGAUAUCGAGUACAACAAAGACAACGAAAAAAGUUCAAUGCCACAACAAUGAGUUCUAAUGAGAAAAUGAACAAAGUGUAG